GCUAAAUGCUUUCCCUGCCCAUUUUGGUAAACAACCACUGUAAUUAGGUGUCCGUAAACCGGCCAACGCCUGUGGCUCGGGAGUGUGCAAUUUUGAAAUUUCAAUCGAGAGUCUGCAACUGCGGGAUCUUCCAUGGUUCAAAUCCCACACUGCUUUCUUUUCGUCUUUAACCACAGCGAAAACUGACUACUUUGGAAAAAAGUAAGGAAUGGUGGCUGUCAAGGGUAAGUCGAACUCAACCGUCAAUCUUGUUGUGCAAGACCCUAAACUUGGAAGUAGCGGUACGCAUUUUCCGCUCGCGGGAAGACUCGGAAGUUUUAGCAUUUACUCGGAUGUAAAGAAAGCUAAAGCUGGGGAUCGCAUCUCUCUCUGUACCGAUUCUAAGAAAUCUGCACAGCCUGAUAGUCGUACUGUCUUGCAGAACAUUACCACUUUUAAGAGGAACAUGGAGAAAAGCAAGAGCAAGCAUGGUAGUGGAGUUAAAGUUGGAACAACUUUUUUGGCUGACAUCAGCAACACAAAGUACAGUUUUUCUGCUAGGAAUAACGCUGGACGUAAAGUUCUUUCUGAUAUUACCAAUACGAAGAGAAGCAUUUCAAGAACUGAGUUUCAUGAUGGAACCACACAAAAGAAAAGUAAUGGCAAGAAACUUCCUUAUCUACCGCGGAGUUCUAUUCACAUUGGGACUGCAAUAGCAAAUACUUCAUCAAGAAAAGCAUUGAUGACAAACAGGGGAGCAGGCUCAGCUGAAGCUAGUGGAAAGCAUUAUAUGUUCAUGAGAGCAGCCAACCAAGAUUUGAAGGCUGGUGCUGCUGAUGAUCCACGAUCCAAGACCAAAAGGAGUAUAACUGUUAGCAUUGGGAACAGGAGAUCUCUACCGGCAUUAAAGGAGUCAAAUGCACGGUACACAAAUAUUUCAAAAAAGGGAAAUGCCAAUUUUUUGGAGAAUAGGAUACCAAAGAAUGGAUUUCGAGCAAAGCCUAUGGUUGGACAGAAUAGUUUGCCUCAAGACGCUGCAAAGAGUUCAAUCAAGAGGUUACGAAAACAUGGGUUUCCAGUUUCAGCAAAGCCCAAGGUUGGACAAAGCACAUUGCCACAACCAAUUCUUAAAACCACAUCUUGGAUAGCUGCAAGAUCAAAGGGAACACAUUGUCAGAGAAGCUCAAGGUCUCAAUCUUUCAUUUCAGUUCAGCAGAAGGAAUACCUUGCCACAUCAUCUCUUUCUGAACAAAUUGUUCCAAUAUCUUCUAAGCAACCCUCAAAAGAGAUUCCUUCUGCCAUAAGCCAGGACUUUUCAUGUGAACCAGAUAUUUUAGUUAAGAGAGCAUCUGUGCGCAGAAAGUCUUUCACAUCUCUACUAGUGACAAGACCAAUGCAAUGCAAGGAGCAAACAAAGCAUGUGAGAGAAGAGUCUUUGCCGCAGAUUUACGACAAUUCGAAUCACCUUGAUGUUUCUGAAUAUGUUGAUGAUAUCUAUCAAUAUUACUGGGUAAUGGAGGUUCAGCGUCAUCCUUUGAAAUGUCGCGUGGAGUUUCAAACAGAAAUUACACCUCAUAUGCGUGGUGUAUUAAUAAACUGGCUUAUCGAAGUUCAUGUAAAAUUUGACUUGAUGCAAGAGACUCUAUAUCUGAUGGUUACUGUCUUAGACCAGUAUCUCUCCCAAGUAUGCAUCAAGAAAAAUGAAUUGCAGCUAGUUGGCCUGACUGCACUCUUGUUGGCAUCAAAAUAUGAAGAUUUUUGGCAUCCAAAGAUCGUGGACCUGAUCAGUGUAUCAGCAGAGUCAUACACCAGAGAACAAAUGCUAAGAAUGGAGAAGGAUGUUUUAAAAAAAAUAAUGUUUCGCCUAAAUGUACCAACUCCAUAUGUCUUUAUGCUGAGAUUUCUCAAGGCCUCCCAAACAGAUAAAAAGUUUGAACAUCUUGCAUUUUUCCUUGUGGAGCUGUGCUUGGUUGAGUAUGAAGCUUUGAACUACAAACCAUCUAUGAUAUGUGCAUCUGCUAUCUAUGUUGCACGGUGUACAAUACAUAUGGCUCCAGCAUGGACACCCAUGCUUGAGAGUCAUGCACGCUAUCAAGAAUCUCAACUCAGAGAUUGUGCUGAGAUGAUCUUGAGAUUUCAUAAAGCUGCUAGAACUGCUCUGCUACGAGUCACCUUUGAGAAAUAUAUGAGGUCCGAAUACAGCAGCGUGGCAGCUAUAAGACCUUUAGGAAAACUGCCCCAGUUUAUAUAAUCCUUAAAAUUCCUAGGAUUGCAAGGUUGUUUAGUAGUGGAGGGCUAUGAUUUUUCCCAAGUACUUUGUAAAAAAACUCAAGUACGAAUGUAGUUUAGAUAUUGUUGGGCAGACCUAAUAACCUGGUUGUUUGGCAGUGGAUGGACGAUUUAAGUCAUUUUAAAGUAACUUUAAAGGCACCCAUCCCAAAAAUGCCGGUAUUUUGAGAGUCUCUAUAAUGUCCAACCGGCUGUACGGCGGCAAGCACCGUUCAACCGAUAUCAUUUUCAUAAUUUAAAUGAAAAUCACGAUUUCUGUUAAAUGAGUUUUAAUGCACUUUUAGUGAGCA